AUGAUUGCCGCCGGCGCCGGCCACGUGGACGUGCUCAAAGCCAUGCAACGCGGUCCGUCCAUGCUCGACUUGAAAGCAGCGGACGGGGGCACGCCGGCGAUGUCCGCCGCCGUGCACGGAUACAAGGAAGUUUUGGACUAUUUGAUUUCCAAAAAUGUCGAUUUGAACGCGCAAGACGAGGACGGUUGGACGGCGUUGCACUUUGCGGUGAUGGCAAACGCGGCGAGUUCGGUGAAGGCGUUGUUAGCGGCCGGGGUGAGAACGGAUAUUAAGAAUUCUGACGGGGAUACCGCGGAGGGGUUAGCGCAAGGAUCGAAAGCGGGGAUUAAGAAGUUGUUCGGUAAAGGGGGAUCGUCGAAGAGGUUGGACGGGGUAAAGGAAGGGAAGAAAGGGUGCGUUGUCAUGUAA